AUGGAGAACAUAAACGACAAAGUUUACGGGGAGGGAUACCCCAGUACCGGCGCAGUCGCGGGUAGUGAAGUGGGCCCCGCUGCGUCGAUAUCUCGCGACCACGGCCGUUCGAGGGUGGACCGCCAGGCCCCCGGACGCGUUUCUACGACUGGCGAUGAAACAACGGGAGAGAGGAGGAGGAUAACGGCAGGAGGACAUUCGGAGGACGACAGGAUGGAGACCGCGGAGGAGCCUCCGAGGAAGGCGACGAGACGUUCGCUGAGAGCCGCGAACAGGUCCGAGUACGUUUUUCUCGCGCCGGCCACGAUGGACGACGGUACGUCACCGAUGGCGGGGGGAUCGCGGGGGCGGGCGAGGUCCGACGACGAGGAGUCGGUCGCCUCGAUCGCCUCGCGUUCGUCGCUGGCUUCGAUGGCGUCCAGGGGUAAGAGGAAGAGAACGGCAGCCGCGACAACACCGGUGGUGUCCGAGGAGUUGGAGGUGCAGAUGAGGACGAGUUCUCCGGCGGAAAUCAGCGCGGGCCUGACGAUGCACGUGUCUGAAAUCAUGCACGUCGCGACGACGUCGUCGAACCUGAAGGGGACCUACAUCAGGUCCCUGAAGAACGCGGCGAGCUAUAUCACCGCCGCCUGGAACGAGGAAUCCGCGAGGAGGGAAAGGCCAGCGCGUGCCACCGACGACGUGGACGCUAGGCUGAGCUGA